UUAUGGUUCGUAUGUCGAAAGCAAAACAGGAUAAAUUGGAAAGUAUAAUGCAUUUGGUUGAACAGUUGGGAAUAGAUCGAGUCCUUGGAAGAUUGAGACAAACUAAAAUGAUGAGCAAAGAUGUACUGGACGACAUGAAAGAGUGGGAGACAGAUUACGAGAAGCGAGUUGCCCUACUUGGGUUUCUUGUCUCACCUGAAGGGAAAAGAGCUUUCGGCGCUUUGUACGAGUUGUCCAAAGUUCACGAAGAACAAUUAAAGUUACAAGAGGAACAAGAGAAACUUAGACAGGAGCAACUCGCUCAACAGUCACAGAACGCAGAUCUCCGUAAAUAUGGCGGUCGAGGUAAAGGUGGAGCUGCAAAUGCCAACAUGAAAUACAAACUCCGAGCACAACUUGCGAAAAGAAGAGAAGUUCCACAACAGUCAGCUGCCACAAAACCGGAUACACAACAGACUCCUCCACAACCGCAAUCACAGCAGAUUGUGAUCCCGACUCCAUCAACGAACAAAUCUGCAAAGCGAUCUCCAAUGGUGGCGACAGCAAACGCAGCUAUAGUUGAAAAUGGCGAAGCAAAAACUGCGCAACCUAAGACAGAGGAACCGGUGGCGAAGAUCAAAGAAAAACCAUCGAAAGACAGAAAAUCUCCUAGUCCAAUUCAGGGUGGUAAGGUGAGACGAACGUCCGAAAUCGCACUUCCGCCAGGGCAAGAUGUGGGAUUGGAUUUGUCGCUAACUGGGUCAGCCGCGAUACAAAUACCUCAAACAACAAAGACCGUAAAUCUGACCGUGAAUCAGCAGCACGUGGUCGCAGAACAACCCGAAGAACCAAAAUCCCCAGAAAUCGUUGAAGAAAAACCACAGGUCGCCACAGACGGUCAAUGGGGUCGGGAAAGCUCAGUCGAAGCCGAAGUAUCCGAGGAAGACGUUACGCAGGAGAUGCCCAUAGAAGGCGAUAGACCGCCACCUGACGGUGAAAAUGCAGAGGACGAGAAAGAUCAGCACGAGAAGGCGUCGAACGAGGGCACUGUUAAAAAGGUUCGUAUCAGUAGUUCAGUAAAAGUUAUCGAAGUCCGUGAAUCAGCUCCUAAUUCUCCGUCCACCACAGCUUCGACUCCCGUCAUACACAGAAGAAGACUGAAUGACAUUCACCAGAAGUUAUUGAACGGCGAAAUCUCGGUUGAUAAAUUAACGAUGGAUCAAAUCGAAGAAAUAGUUGCUGAAUGGCAAAUCAUGAAGAAGGAUCACGGAGGUGACGGUGAAUACAUAUUGAAAGAACUCCAACAUACAAAAGACGAUUUGAAGAAAAUGACGGAUGAAAAAGAUAGAAUCAGAAAAGAAAAAGACAAGUAUGUUUUCAAAGAAUUUGAACUUCAGCAAAAACUUCAAGACCUUCAAUCAAAACACAAAUCAUUACGAGAAGAUCACGAGUCGUUGAAACAAGGAAAUUAUCAGAUUCAACAAAACACAAAGAAAAACAACAAAAUCCAUCAAGAUAUGAGAAAGAAAAUUGCGAAAUUGGAAUCAAAGAUCAAGUCAAUGGAUAAAGUAACAUUAAGGAAAGGAACGCAAACCACAGAGGUUUUUGAUAAAGACGUUCACGAAGCUCUUCGAAUCGCUGAAGAAAGUCUUCAAGUCACACAAGCAGAAUUGAAAGAGGCGGUGACUAAAAGCAAGGCCGCACAGCAAGAGGCUGAAGAUCUGAAGAAGCUCCUGAAUGCAAAAGGGAGAGAAAUCAACAAACGAGAGAGAAAAAGUAAAAAGGAUGAAGAAACGGUACGCUUCAUUACACGCGAGAGAGAUUCGAUGGAAACAAAAUUACGGAAAGUGACCGAACAACUCGAGUACUAUAAAGGAAUGAUGGAAAUAAGAACCAAAGGCGGCAAACGGCAAGUUCCAGAAAAGAAAGAAGUUCGCGUACAACGAUGCAGCAGUGGAAGACAUGUUUUGUUGAAGACUCAUGUUGCAGCCGGAUGUCACCAGAGUCAGGAAGACACGAAGAACUCAGCUCGUAAUGACGCUGAGGAAUCGAAGGCGAGUUCUGGCAAACGAAAUUCAUUAACAAACGGCAACGCUGCCAAACAAGCAAAACAAAACGCAACAACAACAAAACAAGCACCACAGACUCAAAGUUCAAAACAAAACGACCAACAAGGUACAAAUAAAUCAACGGCGAAAGGAAACGCGAACAAUUCUACUACAAACUCAUCUUCGACUGCAAAAAGUACCGGUAACGCGGCGCAGAAAACGAGCGCAGCUAAUUCCAGUGGGAUGGCGUCAACAAAAAUAAUUUCUGGAAAUAAGACAAAUAGUUCUACGUCGAAGCCAAACGGCAAUGCGAACUCUUCGACAACUUCAACCACCACAAAAACUAGCAUAAAUACUUCCUCAGCUCAAAAAGCAACAAAUUCAGACUCUAAGAGCCAAGCAAACAAACCCGUCAAUAAAGAUUCGGAUAAAUCUUCAACUAAGCCCAUUGGCACCGAGUCCCCAAAGUUGGCAAAUAAGCGCUUAGCUCCCGCUGCAAACAGUGACCAAAAACAGCAAGCAGGUAGUAACUCCCCCGGCACUGUAAAACGCCAAGCCAAACCCGAUGAAAAACUAGUGCGUCCUAAAGCCGCAACUGUAAGACAAACUGCUCCAGCAACAAAUGAACAGAAAAGAUGAAACUAAUAGCAGUUACCCGAGCUUCACCCACAGAUAAACAUGAGUUCAACAUAAUUCAUAAUUUUCGGCGCUCAAUGUAUCGAUGUAUGUAUUGGUGUACCAAUAUGGAGGUAACUAAAUCAAGUUGUGUAAAGGGACUAAAGCUUAUGGUCAGGGGUAUAUUCCCUUGGAUAACACAGACAGUCGCCGAACUCGUAAUAGAACUAAAAUAGGAAAAAUCGUAAUAAAAUUAUGGCCUAACCCUAACUUGGCAUACACACUACGGGGGUACCUAAUUUUCUUGUGAAUUUUCUGUAUUGCUUCCUACAUUUUUAUAUUUAGAUGAGGAGUCUGACAUGUACGACCGUGUUUAAUUAAAUAUAAUUUGACAGACCUUAAUUUUCUGCUGUUCAUGUGAAUCACGUAGUACUGCCACUUGAGCUGUUACUCAGUGAACAAGGGCUAAAUAUCUUUGGUUAGUUUUAUUGCUUUUGUAUCGAAUUGGGUUAUAACAGUGGUUAUCAGCCGUUUUUCUAUCUUGGCCUACUUUCGUUGCACAAACAAGUACUGUGGAAAAACUUCAAAUAAAACAAAAAAUUCGCAAAGAUAGG